AUGAAGUGUGUCAUGUGGAGCCUGCUGUGCUGCGGGUCGCUGCUGCUGGCCGACGUGCUGGCGACCUACAGCCUCAGCGGAGUGGACCCUCUGCAGAUUUCUGCGCAAAGCUACGCACAAACCAGACACAGCGGGCGACCUCCACAGAGGAAACUGAAUCCUGCAAAAACAGACUCUCAGUGCAGGAGCCGUCCACUGGACCUGGUGUUCAUCAUUGACAGCUCUCGCAGCGUGCGUCCUGGUGAGUUUGAGAAGGUGAAGAUAUUCCUGGCUGACAUGGUCGAUACUCUAGAUGUGGGACCGGAUGCCACCAGGGUGGCCAUGGUCAACUAUGCCAGCACAGUCAAGAUUGAGUUCCUGCUCAAAGAUCACCUCAACCAGCUGGACAUGAAGCAAGCCAUCUCACGCAUCGAGCCCCUGGCCACCGGCACCAUGACGGGCCUGGCCAUCAAGACGGCCAUGAACGAGGCCUUCACCGAGCAGUCUGGGGCCCGGCCUCGCUCCAGGAACAUCUCUAAGGUGGCCAUUAUUGUGACAGAUGGGAGACCUCAAGACCAGGUGGAGGAGGUGUCCGCUGCGGCCCGGGCUUCAGGCAUCGAGAUCUAUGCCGUUGGGGUGGACCGUGCCGACAUGCGCUCCCUGCAGCUGAUGGCCAGCAUCCCCCUGGACGAGCACGUCUUCUACGUGGAGACCUACGGCGUUAUCGAAAAGCUGACCUCCAAGUUCCGGGAGACCUUGUGUGGUGUGGACCCCUGUGCCAUGGGACACGACUGCGAGCACAUAUGUGUCAACAGCAACGCCUCCUAUUACUGCAAGUGCCGGAAUGGUUAUAUCUUGAACGCGGACAAGAAAACAUGUUCUCUAAAACAGGUGAAGGUGGAGGUGGUUGAGGAUCCCUGCAAGUGUGAGGCCAGGCUGGCUUUCCAGAAGCAGACACAAGCUGCCAUCCAGCAGCUCACGGCUAAACUGGCUGACGUGACGGGGAAAGUGGAGAAGCUGGAGAACAUGUUGGGCCGUGUUUAGAGGGGGACACAGUGAGCCAGGCAGCUUGCGAGCUUCCUGGCAGCGUCGCAGCCACGGACUGCUGCAAAACAGGCAUGCGCUUCCUCCGGUCUCCUCCACACCUUUGGAUCUCCACCUCACGUUGAGCAGGCCUGUGAUCCCUCAGUUUACUGACUCGAGUUGACAGUAUCUACAUUUAGUCUGGGAUCUGGUGAUUUAUGACCGUUGAAGACAUUGUUGCCUUAUCUUGUUCAAACUGCUGUAAGAAAUAUUAACCAUAUUUCUCCUCAACACCUACAUGAGAAUACUAUGACAUUGUAUAAUAACUUGAGAAAAAUAUUAUUUUUUGCUGUAAGUCUCUGUAGAUCAAUGAAUUAUUAAUAAAUUUCCUGUUUGGACAAAGAUAUAUAUAGAUAGAUAUAGAUAUAGUUUUGUGUACAAUAAAGGGUGUAAUGGAAAAAAAUAAAUGUGACACAAAAAUUUCUGGAGUAGAUUUACUCAUUACAAAAUUUUGUAAAAAUACUUUAAAAAGUACAGAUAUAUACAGACAACAUGGUGGUAUCUGCAUCUGCAUUUGCUAUAUUUGUGAAGUACUACAUUGUUAUUUUUUUUCUGUAGUGUUUUUACCUCAUAUUGAAUAUAAGCUGUUGCAAUCAAAUUGUAUUUGUUCUUCAUUAUAUAAGCUCUUAAACUGAGAUGUUAUCUAAACUUUUGUGUAAUACCAAAGAAAAUCCUUUGUCUCCUGUGUGUCUGUGAAUGUUUUAUGAAAUAUAUAAUUUUUGUUAAG